AGAAGAUUAUUUAUAUGCGUGUGUGUGGGUUGAAGAUGGCCGCCGUUAACAUGGCGAAAGAAGGUUUUGAAACCCAGUUUGCCUCUGUUAUGGAGAAGGUGCUAAAGACGGCAGUCAUGGAGACAACGCAACUUUUCGAAACAACUAUUGAGGAGCUGCGAUUCGAAAUAUGCAGAAUAAAAGAAGAGAACGAGGACCUCAAAUCGAGGCUUCGAUCCCCUGAAAAUGUGAAGAAAUCGACGGGUGAAAGUGAAAGACAAACCGCAGAGCCUGGACCGAGUCAAAGAACAUCACGUAUCGGCAAACGUGACAUUGGUGUCCAAUGUGUUCUGACAGUGCAAGCUUUGCCUCUGUCUGUGGAACAGCACCUGCGCGAGGAGGACCUGCACCGUGGGGCCUACGACAAGGAGGACAACCCACAGAUGGCCUUUGUACUGAUCAAACAGGAGGUGGACUGGGAGGCAGACUAUUCUGAUGACUACUCCCCCGGGUACAUACUGCUAAAGCAGGAGGGGGGAGAGCCCCCGACUCUGGUCCGCAGACAACCUCUCAGAGAGUUACCAGGCAGAGCCCUGGUCCCACCUGGAGCCGUCAGGGCCCUGGUCAACCGUUACACCCAGGAAAGGCCUCCUACCACCCAGCCUACCUCAGCAGAGGCCCCCCUCCAGGGAGAACCAGACACCCAGGAGACCCCCCAGGCUCUCAGCCCAUCCCAGCCCAGGACCAGAGAGUUUACCAGUGCCAGUGCAGGCCAGGCCCCUGGAGCAGAACAGCAGUCACUGGUAAUACCAGCAGCAGAGUCUCCAACGUUACACCAGACAGCAUCUUCUCAAUCAUCAGCCACUAUCCAAUCUACAUCAACUGUCCUGUCUACUGUAAUGGCCCAGUCCACGGUAACUACUCUGUCAAAAGAAACUGUCCAAACGACCACGGCGGUCCAGUCGACUGUAGCGGUGAAGUCGACAGCAGCAUCGUCAGAGCGCCCGCAACCUGUCAUCUCCGGGUUACCCAGAACCCCUCUUCAGAAUACACAGCCCAGCCCCGUACCCCCUCGUCCAUCCCCAUCUCCUCGACCAUCACCAGCACAGUCCCACACAAACGUUCUACCUGUAGCUCGUCCAAUAGCAGUGCCCUCAACACAACCAGCUAGGCCUACAGCUGUACCUGAUGGACCACCGGCCGCACCACCAACACAACCGCUACCGCCUACAGUUUUGGAGAAGUCGGAUGUUGCCACGGCAACUCUGCCAACACCGGUCCAGUCCGCUCAGUUGCUAACUAUGUCUGAAGAACUUGCCGGCCCCUCUGAGAAGCAGGUGUCCUUGGUCACUGAGCAUGUGCAACUGUCCCCCACUCUGCCAUCACCGAAGUCCCCUGUUGUCCCAGGGAGGACGUCUGAUGAAGCCCCUCUACAGCUGUCAGCCCCUGCUGUAACCACACCCUCUGGCCCCUGUCAGAUGUUUAUGACACAGUUUUCAGCUCAGUUGUCAGUAGCACCCUUAGUACGCUCCCUACCGAGGGUGGAGGAAAAAGAGGAGGAGGAAGAUGAGGGGGAGAGGCUUUCCCCCCUCUCUGCCACGUCUCUGGAAGCUGUGAUGACCAGGUCUGUUGCUACGGAAACGACCCCCGUUGGUGAGAAAAAGGAGGAGAUUGUUGUCCAGUUAGGCAGCAAGCGAAAGUCAAGUCGACGUGAAGCGCUCCUCUCCGGUCUCCGCCUCCGCUUAAGGCCCCGCCCCCAGGACAGCAUGCCAUCUCCAGUGGUUGCUAAGAAACCCAGAGGAGAGAGAACCGCCCCUCUAGACCACGACUACUCAAAGGUGAUGGAGGACGGAGAAGAAAAGUCCAGGGAAUCGCACGUUGACCAGGAUGUAGUAGAGGACACAGCUAACGGUGAGAUGGCUGACGACAAGUCUAGUGGACAAGGAAGUAGUAACCACAUCAUCAGUGAGGAAGAGGGAGGAGCUAACACUGAUGUGACCUCUCUGACCAGACAAUCACCUAUUGGUGUUUGUGUGUCCAAAUCCAAGAAGAGAAGCAUGACCUGGGUGCAGGCUCAGAGAGGUUUGGCCCUAGCCCAGGCUAAGAGGAGUAGGUCGAAGGUCACUAAGACCUCACAGCAAGGUCAGAGGUCAGAGCUUAGAGGUCUGGUCACACAGACAUCGUUUCUGCCUUCCACUCCACAGCGCCGCCGGUCGUACAGCCCCAGCCCUCAUGCUGCGUCUACCUCAAGCCUCAGCCCACGCCGCACCAGCCCGCGUUGCACCAGCCCUCACGGUACCCCCAGCCCACACCAGGCUACGGAGGCGAAUGUGAAUCCUUCUCCUACCACCCCUCCUCACCCACAGCCUCAUCAGUUCAAGGUAAUUUCUGCCACCCCUCGUCGCGGCAGACCUCGCUCGGCGGCCGCGGCGUUAUUGAAUUUGAAACGUUCUCCCUCCACCCCUCAACCUAUCCCCUUCAUUGUCACCGUCAGCCCUCACUCCGGAUUCAAAAAGUCCCCCCCGUGCACGCUGACAUUCCAGCAGGCGCAGCGGUAUCGCAAGUCACAACCGAUGUGGUCGCCGCCAGGACCGUUCCAGCUCCAACAGUCUCCCAAGUCUCCACGGAAACGUUUUACCAAGAACCAGUGUGCAGACUGUGGUCGCGUACUGAGCAGCGCCGCUGCUUUAGAGAGCCACGCCUCCCUCCACACGGGGAAGCGACCGUUCGCCUGCUCCACCUGCGGCAAGGACUUCCCCAACCUCAAGGGCCUCAACCGCCACGCCCGCGUCCACGGUGAACAGCGUGGCCACCAGUGUCCGAAGUGCGACAAGACCUUUGUCUACCGCUUCGGCCUAACUAAGCACGAGCAGAUGGUCCACAGCGGCGUGCGCCCGUUCAUCUGCCCGAUCUGUGACAAACGCUUCGUCAUCCGGCGCGACAUGGAGACGCAUCUCCGCGUUCACACUGGAGAGAAACCGUUUGCCUGCUCCCUCUGUGUGAAGCGGUUCAAGAGGCGUGUGGAGCUGAAUGUUCACCUGAGGUGGCACAAUGGGGAGAAGAGACACUGGUGCUCGUACUGCGGGAAGGGCUUUCUGGAUUACAAUAAUCUGAAGAGGCACAAAUUUGUCCACACUGGGGAGAAACCUUACACCUGCUCUGAGUGUGGCAAGCACUUCAAACAGACUGGCCAUCUGAAGAAACACCUGAAGACAAUACACAAAGACCGAUAGAGAGGACACGGGACGAGCCUUUAAUGGCACCCUAUUCCCUAUAUAGUGCACUACUUUGGACUAGAAAUAUAGCACUAUAUAGGGAAUAGGGUGUCAGAUGGUGAUGAGGGAAUAGUUCUGUUUGCUGUGAAUUUGCUUUUGUUUGGAAGAAUCAUGCUGCGAGAGAAUGUAUCAAAAUGUUAAAGAAAAAUGUUGAAUUUGAAUUGAGUUGAUUAAUUUAAUUAAAACUAAUUUUGGUUGUCAUUUGUUUUUCAUUCUAUUUAUUAGGAAAGUUAGAAUCCUAAAACCAAAUUUAAAUUUAGGUGUACUGUGUUCAUGUCACACAAUGCUUUUAAAAAAAAUGUUCAGCGGGUUUGAAGUUGUUGCUUUAAAAUGUGUUUAUUCCGUUUUAUUUGUACUUGAAAAUCUGGUCUGGCAUCGGAAGUUUCACUUGAACAACCGUCGAAGUCGUAAUUUUUCUUGUGGAGGGGGUUGUUACAUUUCACUACUGACCUUGUACAUUUCCUCCAAAACAUGACAACAAAUCCAUUUGACAAUUACAAACUUAUUAAUGCGGAUAAUGUCGCUAGUUUUAUCAUAUAGUCAAUGUUAAGCAAACGAACGAAUUUGAUUAUUAGUAAAGGUAGCUAGCGAUCAAGCUAGCUAAAAUCUUAUUGGUUGAAGAAUUGGUCAGACUUGAAUAUGGGGCAUUCCGUUGCUUGUGGGAAGUUGUAAGUCUGUCAUGAUCGUGUUUAAGUGCUUUUGAAAUGUUUGGUAGGUUGGUAUGAUCAUUAUGACAGACGAUUCCUAGACCGCUUGCAUCGCCUCAUUCGGUAACUGUUGAGGUGGCGCAAUCGGAUAAGACGCUUGAGAAGGGUGGUCACGUGUGUUUGAGAGGUCCGGAGUUCAAAACCGGUAUGGGCCGAAUCAGGAGGAUGUGGUACUCGCUUAGCAAGCAGAGUACCACCUUUACACUAUGGCAAAAAACAAAACGUGGGGACAGAGUUUGGGAACUCCUGAUAUAAAAUGCAUACAUUAUUAUUAAAAACAUGGUUAGGUUUCCAACAGAUUAUAUUUUCAAUGUCCUUAUUAAUAAACAAUUGAUCAUAAAAAAAAUGUUCUCAAUGUCAAAUAAAAAUCGAGACCAAGGGAUCCAAAAUAUUUUCACUCAGGGGCCCUUCCAGCAUUGGGGAACUCGUACCACAUGUUAGGUUCUAAUUCUUUGAGUUAAUGACUCCACGGACACUAGGAAAGCUUAUCCAAGUUUAAUUCUUCCCAAAGGGUCGAUAGAGCUGCAUUCAGACAAACAACAUUUCACACAAGUACUGACAACCCUUUCUCCUAGGCUGAGUCUCUUCAACUCAAGGCUGUCAUGGUGAUUGAUAGACAGUGUCUCUUCUCCCAGAGGAUCCCUGAUGGCUAACAAUAACAUAUCCUGACAUAAUGUAAACGUUAUACAUUGCCCUCUCUCCCUCAGUGACAUUGUUAGGUUCUAAGAUCUCCACCCGUCUCCCCUACACAUUCCAAAGCCACCUGGCUCCUACAGACCAUUAACUUCUGAAGUAAAAACCAGUACUAUACUAUUCUUCUGAGUAUAACAAUGUUCAAAGUUUAACCCAGAAUCUAACAUGUCUAUUUCUAUUGGCACUGUUCAUGACACUAACUGUUCACGACGCUCUUGGUGGAGAGAAUGUUGCUGGGUUUAAAGCUUAUUUCCUGCAAUUCUACACAUUUUGUCAUGGGAUGCAAAGGAAAUGUUGCUGUUUUAAAGCUCUUUUUCUUGCAAUUCUAUACAUUUGGCCAUGUCUAAUGUGUAUUCAUGUGUUAUUUGACUGACAAACUUGUCAAGAUCUAUGGGCUAAAUAACCUAUACUGAACAAAAAUGUAAAUAUAUGUAGAGUUGAUCUCAUGUUUCUUGAGCUGAAAUAAAAGAUCCCAGAAAUGUUCCAUUCACACAAAAAGCUUACUUCUCUCAAAUGUUGUUUACAUCCCUGUUAGUGAGCAUUUCUCUUUUGCCAAGAUAAUCCAUCCACCUGACAGGUGUUGCAUAUCAAGAAGCUGAUUAAACAGCAUGAUCAUUACACAGGUGAACCUUGAGCUGGGGACAAUAAAAGGCCUCUAAAAUUUGCAUUUUUGUCACACAAUGCCACAGAUUUUGAGGGAGCGUGUAAUUGGCAUGCUGACUGCAGGAAUGUCCACCAGAGCUGUUGCCAGAUAAUUGAAUGUUCAUUUCUCUACCAUAAGCCGCCUCCAACAUACUUGUCAAUAGUUUGGCAGUACAUCCACCUAGCUUCACAACCGCAAGUGUAACCAUGCCAGCCCAAGACCUCGACAUCCAGCUUCUUCACCUGCGGGAUUGUCUGAGACCAGCCACCCAGACAGCUGUUGAAACUGAGGAGUAUUUAUGUAUGUAAUAAAGCUCUUUUGUGGGGAGAAACUCAUUCUGUUUGGCUGGGCCUGGCUCCCAGUGGGUCGGUCUAUGCACUCCCAGGCCAACCCAUGGUUGCUCCCCUGCCCAGU